UUGUUGUUCGUGGCUGUGUCUGUAGCUGUGUUGUUACUUGUUGUGUUCUGCUGAAAGAGUUUUCGCAUGGUUUUCGUAUGACUUGUUGCACACGACGGAAUAGUUGCACAACUUGCACAUAUUCGUGAUAAAACGGUUUAUAGUUGCAAAUUUCCUCCUCUGGCUUAGCGAAGAAAGCGUAAACAGAAGUUUAAUGUACAUUGUGUUAAACAUCUUCAGUGUAAACUUGUGACUAUGCCUGAUUGGCGGUGAUCCGAACACUCUCCAGCUCCGCCUUGGAAAGCUUCCGUGCCCUGAGUAUUCUUGGCUGAAUUCAUGAGAUUACGCACCGAGGCCCAAUUACAGGGGAACGGGACAUACACGUUACACCCAGAGCCAUGGCGGGAAUCGAACCCACGACCCAAGGUGUAGCGGGCAAGCAUGAUGCUAACUAACCCACCCCGGGUCCUCCUUUUUAUAAUGAUGGAUGAUCUAGACUUGGCACUAUUAAUUGUCUUGGAGGAUGAAGAGUCAUCAGAAGAGGAGUCAAAACGUUCAAAAGAAUCUGAUAUAUUCAAAAACCGUGCAACAGAAGGUGCAUAUGAAAUUUUAAUCUGUCGUCACCUGCACUGCAACGAAGAAAAAUUCAGGCAAUAUUUUCGCUUAACUCCAGUGUUGUUUGAUUACGUUCUAAACUACAUCAAAGAUGAUAUUACGUCAAAACCAUGCAAUAGAAAUAAGAAGCCAAUAUCGCCUGAACAAAAACUAAGUUUAUUUAUAAGGUAUUUAGCAACUGGAGAGUCAUUUAGAUCAUUGGCAUUUCAAUUUAGAAUAUGCCAUUCAUGGAUCAGUUUCAUUAUAAGACAAGUUGCGAACAGCAUUAUCAAUAACUUGUUUAAUGUAAUUAUGCCACCACCAACAAUGGAGCAUUUGCGAAGAAUUUCUAAUACUUAUAUGUCUACUUGGAAUUUUCCAAAUUGUGUUGGAGCCAUAGAUGGAAAACACAUACGAAUAAAGGCACCCAAAAACAGUGGAUCCACCUACUUCAAUUACAAGGAAUAUUAUUCAACAGUUAUGCUAGCGAUUGUAGAUGCAGAAUGCAAAUUUGUAGCAGUAGACAUAGGUUCUUAUGGUAGAGAAGGAGAUGCAGGAAUUUACUUGAAGAGUACAUUUGGAAAAAACAUUCUUAAUAACACAUUUAAUAUUCCUCCACCACAAACACUGCCGGGAACAGGUGAUGUGGUACCACAUGUGAUUGUUGGCGAUGAGGCUUUUGCUUUACAUGCAAAUUUGAUGAAACCUUAUCCGAGAAGGCAAUCACAAAUUGAUCCAUUGAAAGCUGUAUAUAACUAUCGACUAUCUCGAGCAAGGAGAACAACUGAAAAUACUUUUGGUAUAUUAUGUGGCUAUUUUAGAAUUUUUUUCCAGCCGAUCGCCACUGCUCCAAAAACUACCGCCAAGUUGAUUACUUGUGCCUGCAUUUUAUAUAAUAUUUUACGAGAAUCCAAGGUUCUUGCUCCUAAUCAAGUUAAUUUUGAUGAUCCGCUUCCACUACCUGAAGAAAACUUAAUUCCUCUGGUAGCAAAUAACAUUCGGGCACCACAUUCACCAAUACAAAUUCGUGAACUAUUCAAAAAUUAUUUUAAUGGAGCAGGCGCUGUCGAGUGGCAGAAUAAUUAUUACAGACAGCAUUGAACGUCCGGAUUAUACUUCAUCUAAUAUUUAUGCAUUAAUAUGUAAACAGAUAUGUUAAUAAAAAAUAUAUAUCUA